UUUUCUCAUAAGAUAAACUUAGUACAUGCUUGCUUACACUACAAUUUACAAGUUGAGGAAUAAAUCCAUGUGAAUUUAGAGCUGUUCUUCAAAAUGUCAAAGAUACAGUGAGGUGAAACAAUGAUAUUUUAGUGGCUUGUCCUCAUUUUUUAUGUACAUUUCUUACUUCAUGACGUUGACUAUAAAAUAUUUGAGAAGUCAACACUUUUUUGGUUAAUGAGUUUUGACAUUACAGAUUUUCUGUAUAAAAGAAUAAGCUACACAUGAAUAGUGCAAGUGAUCAAAUGGGUCAAAUCGAAGAGAUUGAGAGCAAGGAAGUUCAGCAAACGGCUGAACCCAUUGGCUCAGUGGCUCCAAAUUUUCAUGCAAACCAGAACCAGCCUCUUGGAAAACCAUGGACCACAGGACUGUUUGAUUGCUAUGAAAAUCAGACAAAUGCUGUUAUGACAUCUUUUUUACCUUGUGUGACAUUUGGACAGAUUGCAGAAGUACUACAUGAAGGAGAAAUGGCUUGCCAUUUGGGAAGCUUCAUAUACUUAUUGAUGAUGCCUGCCUUGUGUUCUCAAUGGAUAAUGGGAUCAAAAUAUAGAACAAAGCUAAGGACAAAAUAUGAUCUAGUUGAAGCUCCAUAUACAGAUGUUAUCUCUCAUGUCUUUUGCCCUUGCUGUUCUCUUUGUCAAGAAUACAGAGAACUCAAAAUCAGAGGACUUGACCCUGCUCUUGGAUGGAAUGGAAUCCUUGCUCAACAACAAGGGAAGAAUUAUCAGGAUAAAACAGUAGACAUUCCUCCUGGAACUCAAGCCAUUUCCAAGUGACCAAAAAGUUACUUAAACUACAAGCUUUGAGUUUGAUUGAACAAUUACUGUAUGAAUAUUGUUUUAGUUAUUAUGGGGAGGAUGUUUUAUGCAUAAGAUUGUGUUAUGAAUUAUGAUAUGAUUGAUCAAAUUAUAAAGUUGUUGUGUUGUCUAUAUUAACUACCUCAACCAAAGUUGAGAAUAUUCUUUAUUGUUAUACACAACUCAACCACUCAAAUCUUAGCCCCACACAGAUCUUACAGACACAGUUAUUGAAUUGAAUCCAAUUACGACAAAUGGGCAUUGGGUAGGCAUCAUGAUUAAUGUCGUUGUCUUCAUAUAAGGUCCUGCAAUGCAAUAACUGAGAUAUUUCCGCGAAAAUGACCCACCUAAAAAGGAACACAGAAAACGACAGUCGUUUGAAACUAAAAGAAUUUUUAAAAUUUACACUAUAUUUGGUAUUUUUGUCAUUUUUUUAAAAAUAAAAGAUAAAUGCUAAAAGUCACCU